AUGACGUCAGCUGUGAUUGACAUCGCUUGGCAUAUAAAACUAUAUAGGCUAUUAAGGAGAACCAAAGUUCUGCUCAACAUCCUUGAAGCACAUCCAGCAAUGGAAAAGGAAAGCCUACUUCUUCCGACGGAGGAUAAGAAUGCUGUUCCCUCGAGGAUUUUUAAAAAUAAAUUGACCUGGCUUCUUCAUGACUGGAGCAGGUUCACACCUGCAUAUGUGUCUCUGCUUGUAGCACACGCCAUUUGGGCUAUUCCGGUCUAUUACAUGUCCCCAUGGAGUGGAAAUCCGGGAUAUAUUAUUCUGUCUCUAACUAUCUGGUUUCUGCUUCUCGAAGUUGCAUUCGCUGUGGUGGCCAUUCUGGCACUGCGGAAUAGAAAACUAGUGUUUCUGAAGGCAUACGAAGACGUGGCCAACCACAUCAGUGCCCAAAGACCAGGAACUGAUCUGAACAUGUGGGACUCGAUUGCCUUGGAACUGAACUCUACGUUCGCGAAGGAUGAGAGCUGGCAUUCCUCUGUUUGUUUGUGGGACGGUGCUGACUGCUAUGCAUGUUUCAGGUCUCUCCUAUAUAUACCGUUCAAACAUGAGAAACUCGAUGGUGACGUGCGGGCUGUCAUUGGAGAUUCUAUAUUGGUGUAUGAAGAUUCCGUUGAACAACGCUGGACCUACAAGAUGGACAUCGAGAAAUUGUGCGAGACAGCUUCGCUCAAUAAACUGCCUCAAGAGCUAUACAGCUCCAAGUUUACAUGGACCAUGACGAAUUUAAUGAAGAGAAAGUCUAACUGGCUCUGCGCACUAUGUUUUAUUCAUCUAUCUUCGCUUUGGUGGACAGUUGGCUACUUUGUAGGUUUUGUUCUUGCUUCUGUCCUGGAAACAACCAUUGCUGCUCGCACUCGACUGCUCGAUAUACAGAACUCUUUCCGCCUGUUGGUAAUUGUGGCAAACCAGGAAUCUAGCGAGGAUGAAGCGGACUGGGACCAAAUUGCGAAAGCAGUGAAUGAACUGGUCCAGGAGAGUCCUUUAUCUUCUUUUUUCAAAGCGGGCUUUUUCUUUGAUGGAGAUGACUGUCACCGAGUAUUUGAGAACAGUGUAGAGACUAUUUUGUGCGGUAAGGAGUCUAGUUAUCCUGAGUUGGUUCCUUUAGCAAGCAGAUGUCAAGCCAUAUCUGGACUUGACGCUGGCGAGAAGGUGUAG